AUGCAGCUGGAAAAUGGGACCCCAGUGGCCCAGUUUCUUCUGGAAGGAUUGACUGACACAGAGGAGCUGAGGCCCUUGCUCUUUGCCAUCUUUCUGCUGGUCUACAUAGUGGCUAUCAUUGGGAACCUGGGUAUUGUCAGCCUUAUCAUAAUGGACUCCCGGCUCCACACUCCCAUGUACUUCUUCUUAGCCAACCUGUCACUGCUGGACACUGCCUAUAUCUCCAACACAGUGCCUCAGGUGCUGGUGCAUCUGCUGGCAUCGGUGCGGGCCAUGCCCUAUCGUGCCUGCCUUACCCAGAUAUUCUUUCUCCACUUCCUGGCACCCUGGGAGUGUUUCCUGCUCACAGCUAUGUCCUAUGACCGCUAUGCAGCCAUCUGCCAGCCACUGCACUAUCUGGUCCUCAUGGGCCGAAGAACCCGGAUAGGACUGGCUUCCAUCUCCUGCCUUCUUGCCUUGACCAAUGCACUCACCCACACCAUCCUUGCAGCUCUACUCCAGUUCUGCGGGCCUCGCCUCAUCACCCACUUCUUCUGUGACCUGCCUCCACUGCUCAAACUCGCUUGUUCCAGCACGCAGGCGAACGAACUUGCCCUGUUCUUCUUUAGUUUCCUGGUGGCUCUUGCACCCUGCGCCCUGGUCGUGAUCUCCUAUAUACACGUUGUAGCUGCUGUUCUCAGGAUGAACUCUGCCGAGGGCCGAAGGAAAGCCUUUUCCACCUGCGGCGCUCACAUCACUGUGGUAUGUAUUUUCUACAUCACUUCGGUCCUCUGCUACAUCCUUCCCAGCUCGGCGUACUCUGGCCUACGAGACCGGGUGCUCUCUGUGCUGUACGUGGUCCUCACUCCCAUGCUCAACCCCAUCAUCUACGGCAUGCGAAACAAGGAGGUGAAGAGGGCUUUGUUUAAGGUCCUCGGGAGGGACAGUGCCUCCUAG